GAGCGUCUCGUGCGACUGCUGUGAAUUUGGAAAGUUUGCAUCGUGGAAUCAGGAAGUCCAGCGAAGCUUCCCAGUCCCGGCGGUGCGGAGGACCUCAGAGCUGUUAAAGCCCGUCGUGAUGCUCGCUGGGGCCCUCAGCCGUGAGGGUGACAGCUGAACCAAGGCCUCCUCUCUGUGGAGGAACUCUGCUCCGAUAGUGAUUAACCAGUGGCUCCAGUAGGAAUGUCCUACUGGUCUGUUGGCCUUCCCCAGGACUCUAAAGACACUCCCAGCAACAUGGAGCAACAAAUCGGCCCUGGGGAGGAAAUGGGAGCCAAAGCGUCGUUGGUGGAGGGUCCGGUGCCCGGCUCUGCACUGGUUCCUUCUCCCACUCUGGAGAACAUCCAGGCAGCUUAUGAAGGCGGAGAGGAGGAAGUUGCCAGGGAGCUGAUCCAACAAGCCUGCUGCGUGGAGUGCAGUGCCAGGGUGCCCCGCAUCGACGGGGUACGUCUCCUGUGUGUGGCAGUUCAGCAUGAUGAUCUGCAGAGUGUGUGUUACCUCCUCAAAGAAGCCCGUAUCACUGUACCCCAGGAGCUGUCCAACAGCAACCCAGCCAUCCUGGCAGCAUACUACGGACGCACCGGCUUGGUCAAACAGCUGCUGGAUUCUAUACCUGGUCCAUGUCUGAGAAGAGACUUGCUGAACUGGAUGCUGGCCACAUCGUGCCAGCAUGGUCACCUGGAAGUGGUCCGACUUCUAGUCCACAGCUACGAGGCCGACGCCAGGGACUGUGCCAUCCACAGCGACGAGUUCGCUGUCAUCACAGGCCUGCCGCUGUACGCUGCUGCACGAGCAGGUAAUGAAGAGAUAGCUCGCUUCCUGCUGCAGAAUGGAGCAGGGUUCUCCUCAUACACCCUCAUGGACCAUCCAGCAUUCAGCAAACACCUCCUCAGACUCCAACUGCAGGAAAGCUCCAACACAGAAGGAGAGGAGGCUAUCAGUGUGUGUUGGAGUGGUCUGCAGCUGCCCUGGUUGGAGCUGGACUGGUUCAUGGAUGUCUCAUCGCGUAUCACCCACCUGGACCUGUCGUCCAACAGCCUGGCUGCUCUGCCCUCUGUGGUGCCCUGGGGUCUCAUCCACCUGCACACUCUGGAUCUCUCUGAUAACCUGCUGGAGGAGCUGCCAGCUGCUCCCAACUCCCAGGAGGUCAUCUGCUCCAGGUUACGGCAGGUGAAUCUCUCUCAGAACCAGCUCACCAGUUUGCCAUCCGGACUUCUCCACCUGACCCGCAUCCAGAGACUCUCUGCCGCAAAGAACCAGCUCACAGUCCUGUUUGACAUCCCUACCACUACUAACUGGAUCGGUCUGCGUAAGCUGGAGGAGCUGGACGUGUCUGAUAACUGUCUGAGCAGUCUUCCCUCGGCGGUCAUGCACUGUUUGAAAUCUCUGAGCUUCCUCAACGUGUGCAGGAACAAACUGAGCAGCUUCCCUGACCCCUGGGCCUGUCCGUUGAAGCAAUGCAGAGCUUCCUCCAAUGUGAUCGAGAGUCUUCCGAACACCAUCUCCAUCUUCUGGAGGACUCAGCUGCAGGAGGUGGACUUCUCUGACAACAGCCUGAACGAGCUACCCUCAUAUAUUUUUGAACUGGAGGCCCUGGUCUCGUUGAGAUUAUGUGGGAAUCACAUUGCAACUCUCCCAGCCCCCAAUAAGUGGAAGUGCUCUCAGCUCAGGACCCUCGAUCUUUCCAGGAACCAGCUGGGCAAAACAGAGGAGGGGCCCAAAUCCAGGAGGCUGGCCUUCCUGACUACAUGGAACAGGAGGGACCCAGACCCAGUGUGUCCUAUAGAGUUUCCCAUGAUUCUGCGGGAUUCACUGGAAGUGCUUUACUUGAACGACAACCAGCUGGAGUGUGUUCCCCAGUCAGUGUGUGGUCUGCACAGCCUCACUGAGCUCUACCUCUCCAAUAAUCUUGGAAUCCGAGAGCUUCCAGCAGAGCUCGGUCAACUCUCCAACCUGUGGCAGCUGGACAUUGAAGACCUCAACAUUACUAAUGUCCCCCAGGACGUGAGAAAAGAAGGUCCUGUGUCUGUCCUGGCCUUCCUCCGGGCACACCUUCGAAAGGCAGAGCCGUAUAAACUGCUGAAGAUGCUUGUGAUCGGUCCACCGCGGCAGGGGAAGACGGCCCUUCUGGAGGUUCUACAGACCGGCAAGGCAUCCCCCUUCACCCCAUCAGAAUGCAGCAUCUCCACCUCCACCUGGGAGCUGGACAAACCCAACUGCGGCAAAAACAGCAAAGAGUCAGUGGCGUUUAACGUGUGGGACAUCGGCGGCCAGGCCAGCAUGUCCACAGUGAACCAGUGUUUCUUCACUGAUAAGGCGCUGUACGUGGUGAUCUGGAACCUGGCUCUGGGGGAGGAGGCUGUGGCCAACCUGCAGACAUGGCUGCUCAACAUAGAGGCGCGGGCACCCAACUCUGCAGUGGUGGUUGUGGGGACACAUCUGGAUCUCAUCGACACCAGGUUUCGCACUGAGAGACUGGCCACGCUGAGGGCUUACGUUCUGGCUCUUUGCCGAUCGCCGUCAGGGGCUCGAGCCACCGGCUACCCAGACAUCACCUGCAAACACCUGCAUGAAGUGUCCUGUAAGACCCUGGAGGGUUUGGAUGGGCUGAAGAAGCUGCUCUACCAGGUGGCUCUCUCCAUGAAAGACAGCAGCAGCUCAGCUUUUGGCAGUAAGCAGCUGGGCAGACUGAUCCCCAGGAGCUACCUGACCCUUCAGGAAGCAGUGGUAGCGGAGAAGCAGAGGAGAGCUGCUGAAGGAGAGGUCCAGUACCUCACCGAUGCCCAGCUGGACCGCAUUCUUGAACAGAACCCAGGAAGUGACAUCAGAGACUAUGAGGACUUGCAGACUGCCAUCAACUUCUUAAUAGAGACAGGGACCCUGCUGCACUUCCCUGACACCAGCCAUGGCCUGUGUACCCUCUACUUCCUGUGUCCUGUAUGGCUGUCAGAAUGUCUGGAGAGGAUCAUGCACCUCAAAUCCUCUCGCUCUGUAGCCAGGAACGGAGUGAUCCGAGCUGAAGACCUCAGGAUGCUGUUGGUAGGAACAGGGUUCACCCAGCAGACAGAGGAACAGUAUUUCCAGUUUCUAGCCAAGUUUGAGAUUGCACUCCCUGUGGCCAACAACAGCUAUCUACUGCCCCAUCUGCUUCCCCACAAGCCAGCCAUGGACAUCCAUGGCUUCCAGCAGCAGACCAACAACACCCUGCAGCGCCUUGUAAAGAUGAGCUUUGUUCCUGCCGGAUUUUGGGAGCGCUUCAUCGCCAGGAUGCUCAUCAGCCUGACAGAGAUGGACCUGCAGUCAUUUGAGACCAAAAGAAACCCCAGGAGCCAGCGCAGCAGGAGCUCUGUGAUCUACAGCUUUACUGGAACCCAGCAGAGGAACCGUUGCAGCACCUUCAGAGUCCGCCGCAGUCAGACCAUCUACUGGAAGGAGGGGCUGCUGGUCACUUUUGAUGGAGGUUACCUCAGCGUGGAGUCCUCAGAUGUCAAUUGGAAGAAGAAGAAGAGCGGAGGCAUAAAGAUCAUCUGCCAGUCGGAGAUGAGAGAUUUCUCCGCCAUGGCCUUCAUCACAGAUCACGUCAACUCUCUGAUCGAGCAGUGGUUCCCUGCUUUGACGGCCAGUGAGAGUGAUGGGAGUCUCCUCAUAGAGCAGUACUCCCCCUGUCCCCUCUGUGCCUCACUGGGCCAAGACGAAGAGAAAGGAGGACAUGAAAGAGAUGAUGAUGAAGGAGGGGGUGCAGGGGUUCAUUACUUUAACAUGGAGGACUGUGUCCUGGCUGCAGUAGAGAAAGAGUACAUCAUCUGUCCUCGGCACCCUGAGCAGCCAGUCAGCCUUCAGGAGCUGGUCCCAGAACUCUUCAUGACUGACUUCCCUGCACGGCUCUUUUUGGAGAGGGCCCAGCUGGAGUACUCUGGGGGGGAGAAUAACAUCCUUGGCCAGGGCGGCAGUGGGACCAUCAUCUACCGAGCCCGAUAUUGUGAUCAGCCGGUGGCUGUCAAGCGCUUCCACUUCAAGAAGUGUCGCCAGCUGACCAUCAGCAGUGACACAGACACCAUGGUGAAACACCUUCAGUCUGCAGAUGCGUGCCGGAGCUUCUCCGAAUUUCGCCAGGAGGCCAGUAUGUUGCACUCCCUGCAGCAUCCCUGCAUCGUCUCUCUGGUGGGCAUCAGCAUCCAUCCGCUCUGCUUCGCCCUGCAGCUGGCCCCCCUGGGCAGCCUCAACACUGUUCUCGAGGAGAGGAACAAAGGCUCCAGGUACAUGCCCCUUGGUCACAUGCUAACCUUCAGAGUAGCCUAUCAGAUUGCAGCAGGACUGGCGUACCUUCACAGGAAGAGCAUCAUCUUCUGUGACCUCAAAUCUGACAACAUUCUGGUGUGGUCUCUGGAGGUGCAGGAUCCGGUCAACAUUAAACUGUCUGACUAUGGCAUUUCUCGGCAAUCCUUCCGUGAGGGGGCCUUGGGGGUGGAAGGCACACCGGGUUACCAGGCUCCUGAGAUCCGACCAGGCAUCGUGUAUGAUGAAAAAGUGGACAUGUUCUCUUAUGGCAUGGUGCUGUAUGAGCUGCUGUCUGGGCGGAGGCCGGCACUCGGACACCACCAGCUUCAGAUAGCGAAGAAGCUCUCCAAAGGCAUCCGGCCUGCGCUGGGCAGUCCAGAGGAGGUUCAGUUCUGCUGCCUCCACAGCCUGCUGACUGAAUGCUGGGACACCAAGCCCGAGAAGAGGCCGGUGGCCAUGCAGUGUCUGAGGCAGAUGCAGGAGCCCGGCUUCCCCUGCCUCAGGUACAUGUUGUCCUGUGACUGCCAGUCGCAGCUCUUCCUGUCCCAGUUGCAGGGAUACAGCGCCGUGUUCUGGAACGGAGACAAGGAAGACAGGAACUACAGUGUGGUGAAUGUGGAGAAGGGCCAGGUGGAGGUGAAGAGGAUGUCCUGUCCUGGCAGUAAGAUCAGCUGUCAGAUGAAGAUGGGUAACACUCUGUGGAUGGCCACUGAGGAGCAGGAGGUGUUCAUCUACAGCCUAAAGGACAUGUGUCCACUCAGUCAACCCCAGAAACAGUUCUCCUGUCCAGCCAUCAUCACCUGCCUGUUCCCUGUUCCAGCAAGAGAGCAGAGCCUGGCCAGAGUGUUUGCGGGGAUGUCUGACGGCCUGCUGGCAGCGUACAGCUUGUUGGAUGACCUUCCUCUAGAGGGGGAGACCUAUCUGUGCUCGCACACCCUCAAUAAGACGGUGUUUGGUCUGAAGGACUCAGAUCCCAGGCAGAGACCCUACCCAGUCAGGAGCAUGGCUCUGGUCGGCAGUGGCUCCCAGUUAUGGUUCUCCAACGGUCCGGGCGUGCUGGUCAUCGACUGCCUGACUCUUCAGGCGAUCCAAAGGCUGGAGCCCUACAACCCGCCGUCCUCCAUCGUUGCCAUGACAACCAGUUUUAGUCUGUGGGGAGAGGAGGCCGUCUGGACCCUGGAUGACCACACCAACACCCUGCUGCUCUACCACGCUGCUUCCUACCAUCUCUGUGCCAAGUACUGCUGCAGAGACAGCAAUCCUCUGCGGGACGUCUUCACUGUGCAGCGUCCUGCGGGUGUUACCAUGGUGAUGACCACUGACCUCAAGACCACAGACCAAGAAGAGAAGCUGGAAUUGAGUAAGGGUGAAGUGACAUUGAUCUACAGUGAGGAGGCAGGCACUCAGAUCAUUCAGCACCAGGAUUCUCUGACAGACUACUGCUCCAUUUCAUCCAACUGCUCCCUGGAGCGGCCGGGGUCAGACUGUUCCAGCACUGCGGGCCUCGGCUCAUUAGCCAGCCGCAGCAGUGCGCCGCUUCCUGCAGACCGGGAGGAGACGGGCGGGGACCAGGAUCAGCACCAGCAGGGGUCCACCAACCCUGAGUCUUAUCUGGACUCCGCAGAGAUCGUGGACCCCACGCCGCCUCAUUUGCAAGCCUUCACUGUGCUGCCGGUGAACGGAACUCUGUGGAUCCCCAGGCGUGGAGGAGAUGUGAUGGUCAUUGAAGUGCAGUCACAUGCUGAUCAGCUGAGGGGACGUGUCAUCGCUGUCCUCAGUCCACCUGGAUGUUCCUCUCUGGGGAUCCUGAAGGAGGCCGUGCUAGUGGCGAAGGACACAGUUGUAUGUGGCUUUCAUAAGGAAAACAUGGAGUGGUGCCUAUGUGUCUGGAGGGGCUGGGGCUGCCACGAGCUGGAAGUCUUCUACCAGUCCUACGAGGAGCUGGGCCGCUUGGAGACCAGCAUGAGGAAAAGAAGGUAGCUGUUGUGCUGCGACGGCGAGGGCGCAGAAUUGCAGCUCUGUACGGAGGGCGAGCCGAGGGGGAAUACGCGCCGACAGACCACCAGUGUUCAGAGCAGUGGGGGCUGCCGAACGCUGUCAUCAGGGCAACAUGGGAAGGGGGGAGGUGUGCCGCAAGGGCCGAGCCUCAAGCUGUGAACAUGUCCCCUCACUACAUGCUUUAGUACCAGUAAUAAGUUAAGACCUGAGAAAUCUGUAAUCCCACAAAGCUGAGUCACAGAUCCCUGUUGCCAGAACAAAACUUGGAGGUGAUCCUAACUGUCUUCUGCACAGAGGCUUCAAUGUUGGUUGCAUUUUAAUAUUUAGCACUAUAUGCUGUUUGGCCCCUGGCAGCAGUCAGUUUGGUAUCACUGGGAUUCAGUUCAAGAUGUGGCGGACUGUUUGUGUCUCACUCCAGCUGCUGCAAUCCAUUGUUUAUCCGUUGUCUAUUUCAGUUUUCCUCCAUUUAACUAUUCCAGUCUGCCACUUUAUGCCCUCUGGAGGUGACAGGGACAUUCUUAAGGGACAACUAUUGACUGUUUUUAAAUGAAUUGAAGUUGGAGUUAAGCUGGUGCUGCUGGGAAACAGCUGUGUUUUAGGAACAAACAGCAGGUUGUGGAUGGUGGUGACACUGACACUCUCACACACUCAGAACACUGUGUUCUUCUUUUUUCCCUGUAUAUUUUAGCCCUAAACUGUGUCAUAUGAAUCUGCAUGCCAGCCACAGCCCCCACUGUUACCAGAGUGGCCUGCAAGCAACAAACUAACAUCUGUGUUCUGUGCAACAUUAUGUAACAGGCCAGUGGUUCUCAGAUUUUGCCAUCAAAAUCUAGUGCUUUUGGCAGGUUCUUACGGAUAAAAGAGCACUUUUUAAAACUGAAGCUCCGUUCUGGCUUCGUACUCCACACUGUGUUCCUUCGACUGUAGCAUCUGUAUCUCAAAAGCGGAGAAAAUCAUCUGAAAAGAUGAAAACAUGUUCUUGCCGUUUUCAGGCUUUCAGAUUGGGAUUCACAUGAAAUGAUGCGGCACAUACUGGACACGAUGCGGAAGACGGAAGCUGGUGCAUGUUCACAUUUUACACGUUGUAGAAGAAGUAAUUGAUCAAGGAGUGUUUGCUGCUCCGAAUGGGUCAAUACACGCGCAACACACUUUUUGCUCUGUGCUCCAAUAACAGAUGAGCGAGCCUGAGUCAGAACAUCGGUCCUCUCUCCUGUCCUGUACAUAAAUAUGCUAUGUGCUAGGCUAAUCUAUGUUGGAAAGAAGAUGGUUAAAAAUAAAUGUGACAUAAAGUCACAUCUGGAGUUAAUUAAUGUUAGCAAAACUCUAGAUAACUAGCCAGCUAAUCUACAUUAAUCAUUAACUAGCUAGUUAUAUCUGAUAGCUAAAGUUAGCAAAACUCUUGGUAGUUAGCUAAUCAGCUAAA